AGCACUAUAGGAACAGCCAUUAUUCUGUUACACCAUGUGGAAACUUGUGGUGAUUACUUUUACUGUUGCUGUACUUACGCUUGUAUGUGCAAACCCACCUUGCAUGUCCGACUCGAACUGUGGUGCUAACCAGUGCUGCUACAAACGUCCUCAGUUUCUUAUUGUGAGCAGACGACAGCUGCCUGAUGAUCUUGUCAAUCAUAAAGGGGUUUGUGAGGACUUCCAGCCCACAGGAACGCCUUGUAGUCCUUUCGAUAAAAUGAACGGACAUUGUAGCUGUGCCCAGGGUCUGACUUGUCGAUUUGUGGCAGCUGAAACUACGACCCAGGGAAUCGUUCGCCGCAGGCUGUACUAUCCGGGACCAGGGUCCUACCAGUGUGCCACUCCGGAGCAUUAAGCUUGAUAUCGAUAUAUCGCAUUAAAGAGUAUUUGUCAAUAUAUAUCAAAGUAUUGAUUAAAAGUGUUCGUGUC